AUGGAUCUAUACCAUCAUACUUGUUAAGAAAGGUUACAAAAGAACACAUAACUGUUUGUUUUGUAUAUAUGGCUGGUUUUGUCUAUAACCUUCCAAGUGCAAACCCUAGUCCGCAGUCUUUUUUCAAAACCUUUGGCGAUCGCGUUCCACUUGUAAACUUGCCAGCCACGUCAGAAGACUCUAACCGGAGUGCGGAAGAUGAUGAGCGGAAGCGGAGAAGGAAGGUAUCGAACCGCGAGUCAGCUCGGAGAUCGCGUAUGCGGAAACGGCGACACAUGGACGAACUGUGGUCUAUGCUUGUUCAGCUCAUCAACGAGAACAAAUGUCUCGUCGAUGAGUUAAGCCGAGCCAAGGAGGGUUACGAUAAGGUUAUAGAAGAGAACAUGAAACUUCGAGAAGAAAACUCCAAGUCAAGGAAGAUGAUUGGUGAGAUCAGGCUUAAUAGGUUUCUUAACGUAGACGGCGAUAAGAUCUGGACCGUUUGAUCGAGCGGAAUAGUUUGUGUUUUUGUUUUUCUAUAUAUGGAGAAGAGUGUUCUCUGCUACGUAAAGUUUCUGAAACUGUAACGAAGAAAACGAAGUGAAUUUAAGAUUGUGUGAAUGAAUCAAUGGGUGGUGAGAGGGUUUUUAAAAGUUACUUUUGGAUAAAAGGCGCACAAGAUUAUGAUUUUAUGGUUUUUUUUAUUAAUGAAUUACCGAUUAUUUUAAUGA